UCCUCUCUCUUCCUCAGGAACUGCUCACACCUGUGCCCCAAAGAUGAGGGCCCAGGAGAACCUGGAGAGCCGGACACAGCAUGAAUCCGUGGGCUCAGCAGGGACCUCCACGAGGGAUCCCACAAUGUCCCUGCCCACAGAACCCAAGUUUGAUAUGUUGUACAAGAUCGAGGAUGUGCCACCCUGGUACCUGUGCAUUCUACUGGGCUUCCAGCAUUACCUGACAUGCUUCAGCGGUACCAUUGCUGUGCCCUUCCUUCUGGCUGAGGCGCUGUGUGUGGGCCGUGACCAGUACAUGGUCAGCCAGCUCAUCGGUACCAUCUUCACCUGCGUGGGCAUUACCACCCUUAUCCAGACCACACUGGGAAUCCGGCUGCCACUGUUCCAGGCCAGCGCCUUUGCAUUUCUGGUCCCAGCCAAAGCCAUCCUAGCCCUGGAGAGAUGGAAAUGCCCCCCAGAAGAGGAGAUCUACGGUAACUGGAGUCUUCCCCUGAACACCUCUCAUAUCUGGCACCCGCGGAUACGAGAGGUCCAGGGUGCAAUCAUGGUGUCCAGCAUGGUGGAGGUGGUGAUCGGGCUGAUGGGGCUGCCUGGGGCCCUUCUCAGCUACAUAGGACCUCUCACGGUCACCCCCACCGUCUCCCUCAUCGGCCUCUCUGUCUUCCAAGCCGCUGGUGACCGAGCUGGCUCCCACUGGGGCAUCUCAGCUUGUUCCAUUCUUCUGAUCGUCCUCUUCUCCCAGUACCUGCGUAACCUCACCUUCCUGCUGCCUGUCUACCGCUGGGGCAAGGGUCUCACUCUCUUCCGUGUCCAGAUCUUCAAGAUGUUUCCAAUUGUGCUGGCCAUCAUGAGCGUGUGGCUGCUCUGCUAUAUCCUGACCCUGACGAAUGUGCUGCCCUCAGACCCUACAGCUUAUGGCUUCCAGGCACGAACAGAUGCACGAGGGGACAUCAUGACUAUCGCACCCUGGAUCCGCAUCCCCUACCCCUGUCAGUGGGGCCUGCCCACAGUGACUGCGGCUGCUGUUCUGGGAAUGUUCAGUGCCACGCUGGCGGGCAUCAUUGAGUCCAUCGGAGAUUACUAUGCUUGUGCCCGCCUGGCUGGCGCACCGCCCCCUCCAGUACAUGCCAUCAACAGGGGCAUCUUCACUGAAGGCAUCUGCUGCAUUAUUGCAGGGCUGUUGGGCACAGGCAACGGGUCUACCUCGUCCAGCCCCAACAUUGGCGUUCUGGGGAUUACCAAGGUAGGCAGCCGGCGCGUGGUGCAGUAUGGAGCAGCGAUCAUGCUAGUCCUGGGCACGAUUGGCAAAUUCACUGCCCUUUUUGCUUCGCUUCCCGACCCUAUACUGGGGGGCAUGUUCUGCACGCUUUUCGGCAUGAUUACGGCUGUGGGGCUGUCCAACUUGCAGUUCGUGGACAUGAACUCCUCCCGUAACCUGUUCGUGCUCGGAUUUUCCAUGUUCUUUGGGCUCACGCUGCCCAAUUACCUGGAGUCCAACCCCGGUGCCAUCAACACAGGCAUUCCUGAAGUAGACCAGAUUCUGACUGUGCUGCUGACCACAGAGAUGUUCGUGGGUGGGUGCCUCGCUUUCAUACUGGACAACACAGUGCCAGGAAGCCUAGAGGAACGAGGUCUGAUACAGUGGAAGGCUGGGGCCCAUGCCAACAGUGAGAUGUCUACGAGCCUCAAGAGCUAUGACUUCCCCAUUGGGAUGAGCAUAGUAAAAAGGACUGCCUUUCUGAAAUACAUUCCUAUCUGCCCCAUCUUCAAAGGAUUUUCUUCAAGGUCAAAAGCCCAGCUUCCAGUUCCAGAAGACCCUCCAGAAAAUAUACAAACUGGAUCUGCAUGCACCAAAGUCUGAAAAAUUACUCCUAGGAAAGGUAGGACAUACGUUAAGACUGUCUUUUGUGGAAGGGUUGAAAAGUCACAAUAUUCUUUAAACAAAGAAAAUCAAAACCA